UCCUCCUCGGCCUCCUCCUCCUCUCCGUCCUCCGGCUCAGCCGCCGCGCCGCCCGGCUGCUCCUCCUUCCUCCCUGGGCGACCGCGGCGAUGUUUAACCGCGCCGUGAGCCGGCUCAGCAGGAAGCGGCCGCCGUCAGAAACUGGAAGCCGGUGGCCAUCUGUUGUUUAGUCCACUCAAAAGAGGUUGUGGAGUCUUGUUUCUCCUCCGGACCCAAGGGUGCUCAGGAGCCCCGUGGCCCCCAGCCUGUCUCCCACGAGACGUCUCUGAGAAGGCGGUGGGUUUCCGGGCUUCCCGAGACUCCUCAGGUGGACCUCAGAGCAUGGAACACAUCCACGGCAGUGAUGGGAGUUCCAGCAGCAGCCAACAGAACCCCAAGAGCACAGCCAAAUGGGCGGCCUCUCUGGAGAAUCUGCUUGAAGACCCAGAAGGCGUGAAAAGAUUUAGGGAAUUUUUAAAAAAAGAAUUCAGUGAAGAAAAUGUUUUAUUUUGGCUAGCAUGUGAAGAUUUUAAGAAAACACAGGAUAAGAAGCAGGUAUGUCUUCCAAUGCAAGAAAAGGCAAAAGAGAUCUACAUGACCUUUCUGUCCAGUAAGGCCUCGUCCCAAGUCAACGUCGAGGGGCAGUCCCGGCUCAAUGAGAAGAUACUGGAAGAACCACACCCAUUGAUGUUCCAGAAACUCCAGGACCAGAUCUUCAACCUUAUGAAGUAUGACAGCUACAGCCGCUUCUUGAAGUCUGACUUGUUUUUAAAACACAAGCAAACCGAGGAAGAAGAAGGAGAUCCCCCCAAUGCCCAAACUGCAGCUAAAAGGGCUUCGAGAAUUUAUAACACAUGAGCCACCAAAGAGCUGGCAGGACUGGCGGCUUUCGGAAGCGAAGGAACUCCCUCUCAGGACCGUGCAGGGUUUAGAAUUGCUUUGUUAUCUGUAAGGACUGAAAUGUACAAAACCCUCCCACGGGAUAUGUGUAUUUUAUUAACUGCUUGACCAGUGCGUUUUGCAUGAUGGCUAAUCUUACAUAAAAAAACAAAUAGCUUUGAA